AAAGCUCUUAUAUUCCUGACACUGAUUCAAUUGAGUUCUACUCUUUUUCACGUGGAUUUAUGUAUUGGAAUAAUUUUUAAAGCUCUUUCAUCAAAUAUGUGGGAAGUCAUUGUACUGGUCAAAGUCUACAGCUUAUUGGUUUCUCAUGUUGAUUGUGAAGUAACUGCACUUGGAGAUCCAAUAGGACCUAAGGGACCAACUAUCAUAGAGAAGCCUAACAAUGUUGAUGAUGACUUGAAGGUGGUUACCGAUUCAAUCAAUGCAAAAGUGUUGAAUGAUGACUUCAUAAAACUGAUUGCCAGUAGAACGGCGGAUCAAAGAGCUGCCAUAAAUGCAGCCUACUUGAAGGCAUCAGGCAAGGUAAAAAUAGCAGUUCACAGUGAAAGUACCAUUUGCACAGAUUCAGUUCAAACAGAAUAUUUGUAAUUCUCAUCAAACGAAAAUCCAAAUUA